GACGGGCAGUGGCGGCUACGAGAGGCUGCUGGUACGUGCGAGAAGGGCUGGCAGUGGCAGCCUACAGCGGAUGCAACCAGUUCGUGCGAGAAGGGCGGACAGUGGCUUAUACGAGAGGCUGUCGGUGCGUGCGAGAAGGGCUGGCAGUGGCGGCCUACAGCGGAUGCAACCAGUGCGUGCGAGAAGGCAGGGCAGUGGAUGCUACGAGAGGCUGUCGGGGCGUGCGAGAAGGGCGGGCAGUGGAAGCCUACAGCGGACGCAACCAGUUCGUGCGAGAAGGACGGGCAGUGGCAGCUCGGGGACGGCAGUGGCUGUGCGCGCGAGAAAGACGGGCGGUGGCAGGUGCGAGAAGAAGCGGGCGGUGAAGCGGAGCCCCCCCCGUGAUCAGCUACAAUUCGGAAAUCAGCGCGGCACAAGCAUGGCUAUGUGGAAAUCCCGUGCUGAAAUCGCCAAGGUGUGGCUGGCGGGCGGAGGCAAAACGAUAAAGCCCGACAUCAUCAGCUACAGCGCUGGGAACAGCGCUUGCGAGAAGCUGCAGCGGAAGACGAAGGCGAGAAAUUAUACCAACGACAUCAGCUACAGCAUAGAAAGCGGUGCAGAGACCGUCACCUGCAGCGCGAGGGAGCAGAGCAGAGCGGCUUCGCACCACGAGAAGUGGCUGGCCAAGCGGUUCGGGCGAAAGGCGAGGCUGGAGCCCAAUUCCUACCUAGCUAGCUACUCCGACGUGGGGGCGAAGACCAGAGUCGUCAGGGCACUACCAACACUCGACGAGUGGAUAUACGGCCCUGGCGGGUGA